CUGCCGCGUAGCCUCUCAGCCCCACGAGCCUAGGUAUACGUAGGUAGGUAGAAAGGAAGUUUGGGUACCUACGUAGCUGCACCUCACCCUCAUCUGAAAGCCAAACGGAGCCCAAAGUUCAAGUGACGACUCGCAAACAUCUCCCCGAACCCAGAUCUACCUCACAGCGCGAUCGGACGUUGCGCGACUCACCUUCUUCCUCCUUCAUCUACUGUGCAGCAUUCUUCUCCCGCAACCUCACACAUUCGCCGCCCUGGACGAGCCCUUCGUACCUGGCCUAUCGCCCCUCAUCUUUUCCCCCACGAUAACGCACCUUGAGAAAAGGACGAGCACCAAGGCACCACUAAAUACUUUUUACCCCUCACCGUUCUUUCUACCUCAACUCCUCCCCGCCGUGACCUCCGAUCCACGAACCCCACCAAGGCGACGUCUCCCCGACCCAGCACGGAAGGCCAAUUCGAAACACCACCUUCCUUACCCAGCACAGCACAUCGCGGCAACAGCAAACCCUCGUCAUUUCCACUUCGUCCCCGAGACCGCCUCCUUCCCCACGAUAGCCUCGUCGUGAACAAAACCGCACACGCACACCCACACACAUACACAACUCCACAAUCAUGGCAGGGGAUCACGAGGAGCACGAGGGCGCCUCCGUCAAGGAACUCCUCAUCGAGGCCGCGCGGCGCGACAACACUGAACUCUUCAACGACGUCAUCGCCGGCAUCAAGGACGAGAAUGAGCUCUCCCGCAUCCUCAACGAGACCACCACCGUCAUGGGAAACCACCUCUACCACGAAGCUGCCUCCCGAGGAAACUACGACAUAAUCGACCUCCUCCUCGACCAACCAAACUUUGAAUGCGACCCCAUCAACCGCCAAGAAGGCGACACACCCCUCCACAGCGCCAUCCGCUGGAUCAACAACGAAUCCCAAGCCAACCGCGAAUUCGGCAACGCCCUCGUCGACAUGAUGCUCGAAGCCGGCUCCAGCCCGCGUAUCAAGAACAAGGGCGGCCUCACCCCCCUCCAGCUCGUCGACCCCCGCAACCCGGCCCUCCGCGAACUCAUCCAGAAGCACGAGUACGCCUCGCUCAACGCGGGCGACUUUAUCAACGUGGACUCUUCGUCCGCGGGCAAGAAGAGCAAGGGCGGUGCGGGUGGUGCGCCGCCGGCGUCGGCGCCCCCUGGUGCGCCUCCUGCGAUUCCGAACUCUGCUGCGCCGCCUGUGCCUGCGGGGUACGCUCACGACGAGGAGAGUGACGAUGAUGCCGAGUUUAGUGGCAGUGAUGACGAGGAGAGGGCCGAGUGGGAUCGGAGACGGAGGGAGCGUGCCGCGCGCAAGGGUUGAAGUGUUUUGGUUGUUAGAGCGUUUUGAUGACCUCACGGUGAAAGGCAGAGAAGGGAGGACUGUGCAGAUUUCAAGCACAAGUUGAUUGCACUUUUUUUUCGCCGGUACAUCUGUUCCAUGUCAACCCCUCGCCUCUUCUCAACACUCUCUACCACAUCGGACGGCAGAGAACUAGAAGAGGCGCGGGUCAAGACACGUACAAAAAACAACACGGCAGUACGGAGUACGGAGAGAGGGGCAAGAAGGAAAGAGGCGAUGUAGGAAAGAAAGAGAAAGAAAAGAAUUCCACAGCUGUUAGACUACUUUUUCCAGUGUCACGAUUCAUGGGUCAAGGUGUUUUUUCUUUUCUUUGGGGCGGCAAUCAUCUCACGAGAAAGUCAGAAAACAGAAAACACGGCACAAGUAACAUGGAGUGAGACGGGUAUAGACAAACAGAGUCGGGAACAUUGAGC